CCGAUAACACAUUUGAAUAAGAAGUAUAUAAAAAGGACCUUAAACAGAAGAAAAGUGGAGAAAAAGUCGGAAAGUGAAGGAUGAAAGGGAAUCUUGUUGGUUUCCUGUUCUGUCCUUGUCUGUUGAGUGGUGUUGCUGUAGUACUGGUGACAGUCAGUUCAUCUCAGCAAACUGACCUGAAAAAGGAAGAAGUUUUCGAGAGAGUGGAAGACUUUAGGCUUGUGGGACAUGUCUUUAAAACUUUUAUCGCUAACGAGUUCCAAUGUGGAUUACGAAGCGUAAGAGACGGGAAAUGUUGGUCAUACAAUCAUAAUGGGGAUAAAUCUUGUGAAAUGAAUGACCAAACAUGGCGUCUUAACCCGGUGGCCCUAAUACCAGCCAAUGGAUUCACCUAUUAUGAAAGAGAGGGACGAGGAUUUCACCCAUCAAAACCCGGACGCUCUUGCAUGGACUUAAGAAGUGAACAUCCCUUGCUGAAUGGAGAGUACUGGAUAGACCCAGAGGGUAACAGAAACCCCAUGAAAGUCUACUGUGAUAUGACAACUGACGGAGGAGGCUGGCUUCUUGUUGCAAACUUAGUAACGGAUGGCUCCACUCCACCCCCCACUUGGACCGCUGAGUCAUCAUACCGCGGAAUCAGCAACUUUACCAACAACAAAAUGGGUAUCACAACGAGUGCCAUGAAAGAACUUAGAACACACCUCUCUUUCACUCAGCUGAGAUUCCACCGCAGCAAACAAAAGGGACGUACCUUCCAUGUGACUACGGCUGCCAACGCCUCUGGUGAAGCUGUGGUCCAGUACUUCAGCGGCCAGACAGACGUGCUUCCCGUCUCAUGCAGGUCUUUUCAAAGAAUGGAAGGUGACAACUCUAAGUUGGCCAUUGGGUGCGAGGACUGGGGAAAAGAAAACGGAAAGCUAAAUGUGGGAAAAUGGGGAAAUUCUUAUAUUAAAGGAGAGGAUAUAUUGUAUGAUCACGCUGCAUUUGUUUCGGGGAAGUAUCACUGGUUAUUUCAUGACAACUACUGGUAUUGUGAUGAUAUGACAAACGACGCCAACCCGACGACAGGAGAUUUUUGGAAUAUCUACGUACGUUAGAUAAAUAGAAAAAAAAUUGGAAAAUGUUUCGAUCGAGUGCUGAAGCAAUGUUAAAAUGCAAGGCUUUUCAUUACAAUUUAUCGUAGACGUGGUGAAAUCUCAAUUAUCACUCGGAGGCGAAAGUAAUUAAGCGAAUCUCGACUAUUUUACUAUUUUUCCCUACCUUUAGGCCAGUUUCAUGCAUUCAUUUCGAGUUUAGACUGUUUUACUUUUGAGCAUUUUCUUGGCUCUGAUUGUUUGUUUUCCAUGACUUUGGCUUUGGCUCUACCACAAUUAAUUGAAAAUUGCUUUAGAACUGGGAAUAUGUUUCUUGUGUCUGUUUACAAAUGUAUUUGUUUCCACUAAUAGCCUAGACUUUGCGAAAUUUAUGUAGCAAACGUAGGGAAAGCUAAACGUUUCCAUGAUGGGACGGA